UCAUCAAAAAACAUAAUCACAUUUCUCAUAUUAUCCAAAACACAAAAAAAAAGAUUAAAAAAAAUAAGAGAAAAAAAUGUUGGCUAUUUUUCAAAAGACGUUUGUUCAUCCACCGGAAGAACUAAACAGUCCGGCGUCUAAUUUCACCGGCGAAAACCCAAAACUUCCGGGAGAAACUCUCUCUGACUUCCUUUCUCACCACCCCGACACAGCUUUCUCAAUGAACUUCGGUGACUCCGCUGUUCUUGCUUUCGUCCGUUCACAAAACUCUCAUCAUCAAAGAGUGUUUAGUGGAAUCGAUGGAAUCUACUGUGUGUUUCUUGGAGCAUUGAACAAUCUCUGUAAUUUGAACAAACAAUACGGUUUAUCUGGAAAAACUUCAAACGAAGCUAUGUUUGUUAUCGAAGCUUAUCGAACACUUCGUGAUCGUGGUCCUUAUCCAGCUGAUCAAGUUCUUAGAGGUCUUGACGGAAGUUUUGCUUUUGUCGUCUAUGAUACUCAAACCUCCUCUGUUUUUGCAGCUCUGGGAUCUGAUGGAGAAGAGAGUUUGUAUUGGGGAAUAGCUGCAGAUGGAUCUGUUGUUAUGUCUGAUGAUCUCAAGAUCAUUAAGAAAAGUUGUGCGAAAUCGUUCGCGCCUUUUCCAACCGGUUGUAUGUUUCAUAGUGAGACUGGUUUGAUGAGUUUUGAGCAUCCGAAAAACAAGAUGAAGGCGAUGCCGAGGAUUGAUAGUGAAGGAGUUAUAUGUGGAGCUAACUUUAAAGUUGAUGCUUGUUCAAAGAUCAAUAGCAUUCCAAGAAGAGGAAGUGAAGCUAAUUGGUCUCUAGCCAAUUCCCGGUAAUGGAAUGAAGUAGAAGACUUGUUGAAAAAACAGAGUUGUUUGUUUCUUUGAUGCAAUGUUUUGUUCUGUUUUUGUAAAUACCCUCAACAAUGCAAAAAACAAUAAACACUUUCAUUAGUAGUAGUGAUGAUGCAAUCUACUAAGCUA